AUGGACGCUGCUAGUGGCACGUCGUCGGGGAUAUUUAAUAUCCUCGGCAAGGGAUUAAAGCUAAACAGCAAGGAAGAUAUUUCACCGUAUCUAGCAGAACUGGAAAAGAUUGAGCCACUUCAUGAAAUCCACCUUGGUGGCAACACAUUGGGUGUAGGCGCAUGCCAGGCUCUAGCUAAUGUACUGAAAACGAAAAAGACACUCAGGGUUGCUGACAUGGCCGAUAUAUUCACUGGAAGACUUAUCACCGAGAUUCCAGAUGCGCUGCGUGCGCUCUGCGAUGCUCUAGUUGAUCAUGAGCAGCUGGAAGAAGUCAACCUGUCGGACAAUGCGUUUGGUGGUCGGUCAGCGGAACCUAUGGUGAACUUACUCACCAACAACCGGCACAUUAGCGUGCUUAAACUGAGCAACAACGGACUUGGAGUUUCUGGUGGCACUAUUGUUGCUGACGCGCUAUACGAAUCAGCAAAACACCUCAAGGACGGCGAGAAGAGUCAGCUACGUGUAGUCGUAUGUGGGCGCAAUCGUUUGGAAAAUGGCUCCGCAAUCGCUUGGGCGCGUGCAUUUGCGCAACACCGUGGAAUCACGGAGGUCAGUCUGUACCAGAAUGGAAUUCGCAUGGAAGGUGUGCGAGCGCUGUGUGAAGGUCUGUCCGACUGCAAAGAUCUCGAGGUGCUAAAUCUACAAGACAACACCGCUACGUUGCGAGGAUCGAGAUCCGUUGCGAAGGCGCUACCGAACUGGCCUCAUCUGCGGACGCUGAACCUGUCUGACUGCUUGCUGAAGUCGAAAGGCGGCUCACUGCUCUUCGAGUCACUGAGUAUGGGGCGAAACAAGAAGCUUACGACACUGCAUCUGCAGUACUGUGACCUGAAUCGCGAUGCGCUGCAUAAACUGGGACAUGCAAUUGAGCACCAUCUAAGUGAGCUGAAGACGCUCGAAAUCAAUGGCAACUUUGCCGAUGUGGACGAUGACUGCAUUUCCAAGAUCGCUGCUUCUCUGGAGAAGUGGGGCCACAGCGAGGCACUGGACGAGCUGGAUGAAAUGGAUCCUGAAGGCGAGGAAGACGAGGAAGACGAGGAGGACGAGGAGGACGAGGAGGACGAUGAAGAAGAUGUUGGCGAGAAGGAGAAGAAGGACCCUGAGGCUGACGAUUUGGCUGAUGAACUUGCAAAGACACACAUCCAGUCUUGA